ACAACCCAUCCUCAAAGCAAUCCAGGAACAUGGCUGAGGGGCUGGGCAAAGCCAUGGGGAUCAUGGGCAAAGGCAAGAAUAGGCUCAGUUUUGGCAAAGAGGACAUCACCGUAGAGAAGGAGCUUCAGCAGGAGUUUGAGGUUAAGAAAGCCCCACAGUUGAAGCUGUUUUAUGAGAGCAACAUGUUAGAGCCCAUCAGCUGCAAAGGAGUGGUUGAAUCUACUGCCUUGAUCGUUUGGUUGAGAAGACAAAUUAGCCAGAAAGCAUUUUUGUUCAACAAGAGUCAUCAGGUGGUAGAGUUUGUGAAGUCCAGGCCCUUGGUCAUCAUUGGCUUCUUCCAGGACUUAGAGGAAGAAGUAGCAGAAUUGUUCUAUGACGUGAUCAAAGACUUCCCGGAGCUCACGUUUGGGGUGAUAGCGGUUGGAAACUCCAUUGGGCGUUUCCAUGUCACUCUUGACAGCGUCCUGGUGUUUAAAAAGGGAAAAAUUGUGAAAUGCCAAGAGCUGAUUAAUGACAGUACCAACGAGUAUGACCUCAGUCAAGUCAUAAAACAGCACCUUACAGAUUUUGUGAUUGAAUACAACUCCAAGAAUAAAGAUCUCAUUUAUGAACUGCACAUCCUGAAUCACAUGCUGUUAUUUUUCUCCAAAGGCUCCGAAUCAUAUGGUCUCAUAAUUCACCAUUAUAAAUUGGCAUCAAAAGAAUUCCAGAACAAGGAAGAAGCCGCCGGGAGUGGCCGCCACUAG